UCUCUCAUUUACUCUAUAAAACCAUCUCCUCUCUUAUACACCGAUUACUCCAUCAAAAUUUCCAAAGCUUGUUCCUAUUUCACCUACCUUUCUUCUCGAAAAAUAAGAAAACCCCUAACUUGUUGCCCAAGUCAACUCCAAAAUGCAGCCGCAAUCAGACGUUUUCAACCUCCGUAACUACAUAAACUCCUCGAUCCCAUCUCCAUAUCCUUCCCAUUUACCGACAUCGUCUCCAUAUCCAAUCAACGGUCAAAACCUAAACCCCUUUUACGGAUUCCAAAGUGCUACAAACAUUCCACCAUCCAUGAGCCUAAGUAGCAACUCGACAUCAGAUGAAGCAGAAGAGCAGCAGCCGGACGAAAACAUAAUCAACGAGCGGAAGCAGAGAAGGAUGAUAUCAAAUAGAGAAUCCGCAAGAAGGUCACGUAUGAGGAAGCAGCGACACCUUGACGAGCUUUGGUCUCAGGUGAUGUGGUUUAGGGUCGAGAAUCAUCAGUUGCUUGAUAAACUUAACAGUCUCUCUGAGUCUCACGAAAAGGUUCUUCAAGAGAAUAUUCAGCUUAAAGAGGAAACAUCUGAGCUAAAGCAGGUGAUUAGUGAUAUGAAAAUUCAAAGCCCUUUCUCUUGCUUCAGAGACGAUAUAAUCCCCAUCGAAUAGAGCAUUUUUACCCCCAAGCACCGACGUUCAUAUAUGAAUUAUGUGUUUUAUGUUCGGAGAAUUUUUUAGUUUACCAAGACUCCAAGAGGAUGCAGUAAUUUUAAAAACUAAAAACAUUAGUAUUAUUGAAGAAUAUAUAUAAGUGUUGUUGG